AUGGGUGUCAUGACAGCUUUCCUACAAGGUGAACUAGACGAAGUAAUUUUUAUGAAGCCACCCGAAGGUUACGUAGAUCAAGAAAGGCCUGAUCAUGUGUGCAAGCUAAAUUAUUUCUAUGGCCUAAAACAAGCUGCACGAUGUUGGAAUUCUGCUAUUGACACUUUCCUGAUAUCAAAUGGGUACACAAAGUCGAAUGCAGAUCCAUGUAUAUACAUCAAGUCCAUCAAGCGCAAGAAUUGAAAGAUUGACUUUGUUAUACUAGCUCUGUACGUUGAUGAUAUCUUGUGUUUUUCUAACAACAUAGAAAUGCUGAAGAAAGAGAAAGAAGCACUAGCUAAAAGAUUCCAAGUAGAAGAUAUGGGAGAAGUAAGUUAUGUUCUUGGUAUGUCUGUGAAGCGAAAUCGUGAAGCAAGGACACUUACUAUUAACCAGCCAAAGUACUUGGAAGGAGUACUGAAGAGAUUUGGAAUGCAGGAGUGUAAACCUGUUUCAACACCAUUGGAACCAGGGAGGAAAUUUGAAUCAUUAUCAGAGAAUGAUACACCAAUUGAUGUUCGAGAGUAUCAGAUGGCAAUAGGUUGUUUAACGUAUGGAACUACUGCUACACGUCCAGACUUAGCUGCUGCAGUCGGAAUUCUUUAAAAGUAUAUGGCUGCACCUGGAAAAGAUCAUUGGCAGGGAGUAAAAAGAGUUCUACGAUAUAUCAAAGGGACAUUUAAUUCUGGUCUCACGUUUACUGCUCAUGGUAAUAAUCCUGUAUUGUAUGGUUAUGCUGAUGCUGACUGGGGAGGCAAUGUCGAAACUCGACGUUCUACAUCUGGAUAUGUGUUCCAGAUACAGAACAACACGAUUAGUUGGUUCAGUAAAAGGCAAGCAUCCGUUUCAAGAUCAACAACAGAAGCAGAAUACAUUGCCUUGAGUACUGCAUGUCAAGAAGCAGUUUGGCUCAGAAGAUUACUUUCUGAUAUUGGUUUGAAGCAAGAUGUUCCAUCGACAAUCUUCGAGAACAAUCAAGGGGCGAAUGAACUCUCUAAGAAUCCAAAAUUUCACAAUCGCACUAAACAUAUUGACGUGUCUUUUCAUUUUAUAAGAGAACAAGUCAAUCGUAAUAUAGUUUGUGUCAAGUAUUGUCGAACUGAGAAUAUGCUAGCUGAUGUAAUGACAAAAGCUUUACCAAAGGUAUAUUUUGAAAGGUUUAGAGACAUGAUGGGAGAUAAAAGACAUUGUAUGAUCAAAUGA